UCUCGGUGAAGUGUGAUGUGUAAGAUCAGAAAGCAGAGGCAGAUCGUGGAAGGAAAUGGCCAAUCAGGUCCUUUUGGCCUCACAGAGACGACUGAGCUAGAAUGGAUACAGUCAAGUCAUGAUCCUGGCCUGACUGGUUUGGCUUGGCAUGUCUCCAACAUAAUACAUGUGAGAAACACUGGAGUCAGAAUGGCAGACAGUCUUGAUUCUCAGUGUCAAGAUGUUGUGGCCAAAGACAGGACUUUAAAGGAGGUGGAUCCUGCCUUCAGUCCCCAAAGACAUUUUGGAAGCAUGGAAACCAAAUUGGAAACGUGUUACCUGACAGAUAAUGUAAUGGGGAACCAAUCUGUAGAAUCUGCAGAUGACCAUCUACAUGAAAGUGUGGGGGCUGCAAGUCGAAGCAGCAUUCAUGAUGGCAGAUACUCACCAGUACCUAGUGUAACCUCCAUGAAGAGUGACCAGUCAAUGAAUAUUCCUUAUACAUUUAGAUGCACGCAAACCACAAGACCAGACUCACUCAGCAGUAUGUCUUCAUCAUGUGACCUGUUAAGAUAUUCCCCUCCUCAUGACACUGUGUCUAGUGACCUCACCACAGAACCUGGGAGUGUUCUCUGUGCUGUUUGCCUAAAGAGGGCUUUCAAGUCCUGCCUGACCUGCAUGGCCUCCUUCUGUGAGGAACAUGUUAGGCCACAUUACACAGCUCCAGCACUGCAGAGACACAGGCUGGAGGAGGCCACUGAAGACCUGAAGCAGAAGCUUUGCCAGCGACACACCAGAGAGCUGGAGCUGUACUGCAGGACUGACCAGACUGCAAUAUGUGUGUUAUGUAAGGAACACAUUGGACAUGACAUAACGGGACUGCGAGAACAUCAGAGUCUACUAAAGACCACAUCAGAGAUGGAAAAUACAAUAGCUGUUCCUCCUCCUGGACCCAUUGAGUUCACCUCAGUGAAGCCAGACUCUGUGUGUGUGUGCUGGAGACCUCCUGAGGGACUGACUGGACCCCACAGAUUCAGGGUCUCGUGGACGGGUGAAGGAAUCCAAGAGCAUCUGGAAGUGCAGGACCUGAAGCUACAUGUUCAGGAGCUCACUCCAGGAGAGCAGUAUACAUUUACUGUGGCCACCCUCAGUGAUGAUGGCAGAUGCAGUCGAUGUGUGUCUGCAGCUGUGCACACAGAUGUUCCUAAACCAGAGUGUCUUGCUGUGGACAUGGAUCUCACAUCAGUGUCAGUGAAGUGGAGCAAACCAGCAGGAGUUGAUCAGGCCUCAUACUUACUGACCCUCCAUAGUGAUGGGCAAUGUCUACAGACCAUCUUCACCAAAUCAGCUCAGCACUGCUUUUCUGAGUUAGAGAUGGGGAAAGAACACUCCAUCACUCUUUCCACAGUGGUGAAAGGGUUUCAAAGGCAGUCCUUCACUAAAACCAUCAAAACAAGUGUUCCAGUCCCAGAGAAUCUGACUGUGGCCUCAGUGACUCCAAUAUCAGCUGAUCUCAGCUGGAGUCUGCAUCAGGGGAUGGAGCAGAUUCCACACAGCUUCCUGAUCUCCUACCACAGUGAAGGGACUGAACCACAGACCAUCUCUACAGAGUCCUGCAGCACAACUCUUACAGACCUGCAGCCAGACACUCAGUACACUGUCAGUGUCUGCUGUGAGCUCAUCGAGGGGGGAAGGAGUCAGGCUACUUCAACUGUCAUUCAAACAGCAGUCCCUCCUCCUGGGCCCAUUGAGUUCACCUCAGUGAAGCCAGACUCUCUGUGUGUGUGCUGGAGACCUCCUGAGGGACUGACUGGACCCCACAGAUUCAGGGUCUCAUGGACUGGCAAAGGAAGCCAGGGGAAUCUGGAAGUGCAGGACCUGAAACUACAUGUUCAAGACCUCACUCCAGGAGAGAAGUACACAUUUACUGUGGCCACCCUCAGGGAUGAUGGCAGACAGAGUCCAUGUGUGUCUGCAGCUGUGGAAACAGAUAUUCCUCCACCUGAGUGUUUUACUGUAGACAUGCAUCUACCAUCAGUGUCAGUAUCAUGGACCAAACCAGCAGGAGUUGACCAGGCCUCAUACUUACUGACCCUCUGCUAUGAUGGGGAAUCUCAGUCCAUUGUCACCAAGUCACUUGAGCACCGCUUUUCUGAGUUGGAAUUUGAGAGAGAAUACAACAUCACUGUGUCUACAGCACUAAAAAAUGGCCAGAGCAGCUCCAUCUCUCAAACCAUCAGAACAAGUGUUCCAGUCCCAGAGAAUCUGACUGUGGGCUCAGUGACUCUAACAUCAGCUGAUCUCAGCUGGAGUCUGCAUCAGGGGAUGGAGCAGAUUCCACACAGCUUCCUGAUCUCCUACCACAGUGAAGGGACUGAACCACAGACCAUCUCUACAGAGUCCUGCAGCACAACCCUUACAGACCUGCAGCCAGACACUCAGUACACUGUCAGUGUCUGCUGUGAGCUCAAAGAAGGGGGGACAAGUCUGACUACUUCAACACUAAUCCAAUCAGGUAGUUUUAUGCCUGAGGGAUUGUCCGUGGAUGCAUUGAAUGAGUCUGAUUUCAGUUGGAGUGCUGAUAUCAGCUGGAGCCUACCGCAUGGAGCCGACCAGAGUUCACACAGAUUCAAGGUCACCUACCACAUUGGAAAAGGUCCAAAUACCAUAACAAAGACGGCCUUUGCAGACUCAUGCAGCAUAACCCUCAAAGACCUGCAAUCAGAUAUUUGGUACACUUCCAGUGUCUCUACUGUGCUCCAAAAUGGAAGGGAGAGCAAAUCCACUUCUAUCGCCUUCCAUACAAGUGAUACAAGGAUCUUGGUGCUAGGAAAAUCAGGUGAAGGUAAAAGCAGUGCUGGAAACACCAUCCUGGGAGACAAGGUUUUCACUGUGGAUGCUUCUCCAGAUUCGCAAACAGUCAGAUGUGAAACAAAUAGUAGGAUAGUCAACGGGAGGAAAUAUACCAUAACUGACACACCCGGAUUCUUUGACAUAGACAGACCAGAGGAGGAGUUGAUACCUGAGAUAGCGAAAUGCAUCUUUGAUAAUGCUCCAGGCCCCCAUGUCUUUAUUAUUGUGAUGAGAGUAGGGAGAUUCACAACACUGGAGGAAAAGGUUGUACAGAAGAUUGCAGAAUUAUUUGCAAAAGAUACAUUCAAAUAUGCUUUGAUUCUUUUCACACAUGGUAGAGACUUGAAUGGCCAGACUAUCGAAGAAUUUGUGGAUAAGUGCAGUACCGUGCACAGAAAAGUUACUCUGAAGGACUUUGUAAAUAAAUGUCAUGGUCGGUAUCAUGUCAUAGAUAAUGAACACUGGAAUCAGGAUGAGGGUCCCAGUAGCAACAGAGCACAGUUAGUGAACCUGUUCGCAACCAUAGAAGACAUCGUUCAGGGGAACGAAGGGUGUUACAGUAAUGACAUUUCAUUGUUAGUAGUGCAAGCCAUACAACGAGAAAUGGAGUGGAUGAGGAAGCAUGACGGGGACCUAACUGACAGCGACAUCAGAGAGAAAGCCAAGAGCCGAGUCGAACGAAGAGUUUUGUUGAAUAGAUGUGCAGCUACAUUUCCAGCGCUGCUCUAUGCAGCUUUCAGUUUACAUAAGAUUUCAGGUUCUUCCAGGUAUGUCCACAGAGCAGCAGCUACGACAGAAUGUCCUAAUGAAACAGUAAAGGAGGCCUGUCGACUGCUGCGUCUCUUAUUGCAUGAGAUACCUGAAUGACAUUAUAUACCUGAAUGACAUUUUGGCAUCGUACAAAAACAGAUUUGAGCUGUUGGAUCAGCAUCCUGUGCAAGUGUAAAUUUCUGCACAUUUCUGUCCCAAUAACACGUUUUGGGUCAUUGUAUGGUUUAAUGGUCCAAUGAUGCCAAUUGGGGCAGGUCUCUUUGCACACUGCCUGAUCUUUUCCUCCGG